AUGGCAAUCGGGGCACUGCCGUUUCUGAUUCUCAACUACGGGGCGGAGAUGGGCUUUAUUCUUCAUACACGCCUUAUCGCUCAGAAUGUUGCGAGGGAGAAGGCUAAUACGGUGAUGAAUGAUGUUGUGAUGCAUAUGUUUAGCACGGAGUUUUUGGAAGAGCUUUUCCGUCCCCAACCACUCUACUCCUACAUGGCUGUGAAGGAGGUAUUCAAGUCAUUGGCGGAAACGUCCCUUAUCCAUCUCUCGCCCGUAUCAAUGAACAAGCUUUUUGAACUGAUGACGAUGGGAGUGAAGUACCAGGUUUUCACCCUGCGUCACCCGCUGGAACUGGUGGAGAUGACAUGGACACACCUGGAGGAGUUGGAACGGCUCGUUACACCGGCGGCCCGGGAUAAGGUUCGCCCCGUCUUUGCCAUGCUGGAGAGGUUUUGCAGUUUUCUCUCGCACGGGGAUUUGGAAGAAAUUCGCAAGGAACUGCUGAAUUUCCUCGUUGGCCGUAACACGCUCAUCUCGGUGCUCAUCAACGAGGGCAUGCAAUCUAAAACUGGGAAGCUCUUCUUGCCUGAAGACUGCGUUCUUCCCCCACUCUCUGCCUGUGAGCCGCCUGGUAGUAUCCGUUACUUUAAAGAUGGGAAACUGGAUGCGUCAGCAGUGUUUGAGCAUCGUGACGCCGCACUACGGCAUCCGCCGUCCGUGCCACUUGACACGUGGGACCCGAAGAACCCAGCGACGCGGAUGACGAAGAAUGGAAGAAAUAUGUACGCCCCAAGCCGUCAAAGAUGCUUGACGCAGGCGGAAGCAAAGAAAUCAACAUCGAUAUUGCCUUUUACGACCACGACUGCGGCAGUUCCCACGGCGACCUUGCCACCGGAGGUCACAGGCGCGGUAACGAAGGAGUUGAACCAUUUAUCACGGCUUGUGGGAUGUGGGCAGUAUUCACUGCAUAAACCAUUUAAGCUGAUCCUCUUUGGUGACAUGGACGAGGAUGUAGGAGGGGACGGCGUAGGUAAUCGUGGAGCCAGUGGCAAAGUUAUUGCCGCCGCGGAAACAUCGAGCAGCCGGUCUGCACCUUUCGCGAAGCCUUUGACGCGUAUGACCAAAGCCGAUGUGGAGUCGCAAAACCAAGAGUUAUUUGGUAUCAUGGACAGUAUGCGUGUGGCCAUGGCAACCUCGAGGCUCUCGGAGAAGGGUAACGAUUUGUUGGAUAUUAUGGAUGAGGAUUGA